CUGAAAAGCGAAAAACGCCACAAUUAGAAUGAAAGUGACUUUCCCAGAUGGUGGAUCUGGAAAAAUGAAAAGUGGUGUUAAAGAAAAACCGCCAACGAGAUGGGUAUUGCUGAAAUUUUUUUGGCGGGUUUGUGUUUAAAUGCUACAUGUGAUGAUGAUUAUAUACCCAGCACUUCUAUUAAAUUAUUAAGAUUCGCUAAGUUAGAACAAGAACUUCAGACAGAAACUUUAGUUAUUACCACCUUACAGAAUGGAGAAUUAAGCGGUUAUGAAACAGUAAACGACACUGUAGUUGGAACUGGGAUUGCAUUUGAUAUCAUCAAGAUUCUCCAAGAUAAAUAUAAAUUUAACUAUACCAUAGUUUUACCAGAAGAUGACACGUUUCUGGGAGAACAAUCCCAAAAGACUGCUAAAAAGCUACUGGAAACAAAGAAAGUUGAUUUGGCCGUUGCCUUUCUUCCUAUAAUAGAAAACAUCAGAAACGAAAUCGUCUACUCAACCAGUUUUGAUGUUGCCGAAUGGGCAGUCUUGAUGAACAGACCUGAUGAAUCCGCUACUGGAUCUGGAUUGUUGGCACCUUUUACAACUCAAGUGUGGAUUUUGAUCAUAUUCUCCAUUCUCGUCGUAGGACCAAUCAUUUUUUUGAUGGUAUUACUUCGUGCACGUUUGUGUAGAGAUGAUAAAAGUGAGGUUUAUUCAUUGUCAACUUGUUUAUGGUUUGUCUAUGGAGCGUUACUCAAGCAGGGCUCCACUGUUAAUCCAAGAACAGAUUCUUCACGUCUUUUAUUUUCAACAUGGUGGUUGUUUAUCUUAAUUUUAACAGCUUUUUAUACAGCAAAUUUGACCGCUUUCUUGACUCUCUCAAAAUUUACACUACCUAUCACUACGCCAGAGGAAAUUGGCAAGAAGCAUUAUAGUUGGGUCACGAAUAGAGGAAAUCCGGUUAGGGAUAAAAUAAUUUCAGAAAAAAAUGAUGAGCACAUCUAUCAAGAUAAAUUAAUUAAGACAAUUGGUAAUUUGAAAGUUUUUGCGAAUCAUUCAGAUAUGAAUAUACUGAAUACAUUCGUCAAAAAAAGGAAGAUGAUGUUCAUAAGAGAGAAAACUGUAAUAAAUCAUAUAAUGUAUCAAGAUUAUAGAGAGAAAGCUAAAAAUGGCGUUGAAGAAGAACAUCGAUGCACUUUUGUUGUUGCUAAGUUCCCAAUUACAAAAUUUUCAAGAGCUUUCGCUUAUUCGAAAGAUUUUAAAUACGUAGAAUUAUUUGAUUACGCUAUCCAAAGGCUAAUAGAAGGCGGAAUAAUCGAAUUCAAGCUGAAUGAAAAUCUCCCAGAUGCGCAAAUAUGUCCGCUCGAUUUAGGCAGCACAGAACGUAAAUUAAGAAACACAGAUCUUCUCCUUACUUACAUUUUAGUUGGAGGAGGCCUAGCGGUUGCAUUGUGCGUUUUUCUCAUGGAGAUCUUAUGGAGAGUAUGUCAGAGAAGAAACAAACAGAAGAAAAAAAGAAAACCGCAUCAAACUCAUUUUCUUGCGAAUAAUUACAAUGCAAUCAUUAAGACAGGUCUGUCUAACUUGACACCUCCUCCGUCUUAUCAGACGCUUUUCAAGCCGCCGUUUUAUUUCAAAGAUGAGGGCGGAAAAAAGACCAAUAUCAACGGUAGGGAUUAUUGGAUAGUGAAUGGAAAGAACGGUUUUAGACAAAUGAUACCCUUACGCACCCCUUCAGCUUUGCUUUUUCAAUUUUCGAAUUAAGCACUUGUGUUUUGUUUGAAAUAAAUACAUAAUGUU